UCUGUUCUAUCCUAAACCUCAAGUAGUUUUUACACUCUUUAAUCAACCUAAUGGCUUCUCAAGUAAUCGACAGCCACAGGGAGGGUGCCGAGAUCUUCAAGGGAGAUGAAAUCUGCAGGAGGAAGUCCAUUGAAUUGCUCGAAGAACUCUGCCUUCCAAAGGGUCUGUUUCCCUUGGAAGACAUUGAGGAAUUCGGCUAUAACCGUACUUCUGGCUUCAUAUGGCUGAUUCAGAAGAAGAAGAAGGAUCAUGUCUUCAAGCAGAUCAAGAGAGCCGUGUCUUAUGCGCCGGAGGUCACUGCCUUCGUUGAGAAGUAUAAGUUGAAGAAGAUGACUGGUGUUAAGACGAAAGAGCUUUUGCUAUGGCUCUCUGUUGUGGAAGUCUACCUCGAAACUCCCACGUCUGAGAAACUCACCUUCAAGACUGGAACGGGACUUUCAGAUAGCUUUAUUGCUUCUGCUUUUGAGCUGUAAUUCUAUAAGAUAAGAUGCAUGGCGAGAAAAAAAUAAUACAGAGGAUUAAUGCAUAAUUGCAAUAUUAUCAUUAUUUGUGAUGCAAUUUUACAUGAUCUUCUACUGUUUCUCUUCUUUUGUGAUUCUGUCUGUAUUCGGUAUUUAAAUAUGACUGUAUUUUCUUCUUCA